GAAUGGUGAAUUAAUUGAUACGCUUUUACUUUCACAACAAACAUUAAGUAUAUAAAUCCGCAUAAUAUUUUCUUGAAACUUAUUUUAAUGUGUAAUUAAUAAGUAAAAAAUUAUGGCGUCAGGUUUAGAAAGCUAUGUAAAUCAUACUGUUUCUAUUAUUACUUCUGAUGGUAGAAACUUUAUUGGAACAUUGAAAGGUUUUGAUCAGACUAUUAACAUAAUAUUAGAUGAAUCUCAUGAACGUGUAUAUAGUACAACACAAGGAGUAGAACAAGUAGUAUUAGGUUUACAUAUUAUUAGAGGUGAUAAUGUAGCAAUUGUAGGAGAAUUGGAUGACGAGAUGGAUGCACGUUUAGAUCUAUCAGCUAUAAGAGCAGAUCCUUUAAGUUCUAUUGUACAUUAAUAGAAAAUGAUUACAGUUAUAAUUAUUAUUACUUGAAAAUAAUAAUAUAACUGAAUAAUAAUAAUAAUUAAAUAAGAAUUUGUAACAAUGAAUUAUAGUCAAAUGAAAGUACAAUUUCUUACAUGGGUUGUAUAUUGUAUAAAUAUCAUUUUUUAUAUCCAUUUAAAAUAUUCUUGUUUUAAACAAAAUGCAGUGGAGAAAUAUAAACAUUGUUUACAACUAUAAAGAAUAAUAGAAUGAUAUUAGAAUUAAUAAUUAAACUGUAUAAAAAGAUUUCAUUAUAAGUAAAUUAUAUUUUUUACAAAUGUAACUUCCAUUUAUUAGUUUUAUAGGAAUAAUAAUAAAAAUAAAUAUCAAUAGAUCAAUAUUGAAUGAAUAACUGAACAAUUUUUUAAAUUUAAAUAUACUCUGUUUCUUAACAUAUUUUUCUUAAGAGGAAGUAUUUCUUAAUCUACGAUUUAGCAGAGAGAUGUAUUUAAUAUUUAAUAUAUGAAACGAUUUGUGGUUAUGGUUGCACCAUAUAACUGAUAAAUGUUAUAGGAUAAAAAUGUUACUAGUAUUGUAAAACCUAUAUUAUUAUAAGAUUCACAUUUAUUUAAAUACAUUUUUAAUCUGCAGUUCCCUACAAAAUUUCAAAUGAAAGAUUUUUAAUAUCCCGCUCGCGCGCGCGCGCGUGUGUGUGUGUGUGUGUGUGUGUGAUUUAAGAAUUCUUAUAAAUAUAUUUCAUUAUAAAAUAUUGCAUAUUUUCGUAUUUUUUUUUUUACAUAUGCUAUAUACUAUGUCAUUUUAUUGGUGUUUCGAUUCAUAAUAAAGGCCUUAGGCCAUUCAAUAAUUAAUUAAUUUAUAUUAUUAUGAUACUAUUUAAACAUAAUUGAAUAAAACUUAUUUAUAGAAGUCAAAAUUAUUGUGUGCAUAAAUCACGUACAUAUAUACAUGUAUAUAUAUACAUAUAUAUAUAUAUAUACAUAUAUAUACAUAUGCAUAUAUAUAUCUGUAUAUAUUUUUAUGUAUACUAUACAUGGAAGACAUAAAAAGAGAUGUAAAUCAAUCGAUAUAAUUAAGCAAUUUUUCAUUCAUCACAUUUUACAUAUAUAUUAAAUGUCUUUUCAAAUGGAUGAAAAUGAUCAAUAUAUACAGAUACAUAUCUCCACUGAAAAUUUGCUAUUAUUCAUAGUGUAAUAGAUAGUAUAUUUUAUAUAUUUUUCAUGUAUGUAGAAUGAUUUAUAUUUUUUAAAUAAAAUAUAGAAUGUCACGUAA